AUGCCAGCCGUAUUAGAAGAUUACCAAAAAAACUUUUUAGAAUUAGCCAUUGAAUGUGAGGCCUUGAGAUUUGGUAGUUUUACACUAAAGUCAGGUAGACAAUCUCCAUAUUUCUUUAAUUUGGGUUUAUUCAACACGGGUAAACUGUUAUCUAACCUAGCUACCGCAUAUGCCAUUGCCAUUAUUCAAUCCGAUCUAAAAUUUGAUGUUAUCUUUGGUCCUGCUUACAAAGGUAUCCCAUUAGCUUCCAUUGUUUGUGUCAAAUUAGCAGAGAUUGGUGGAUCUAAAUUCCAAGAUGUUCAAUAUGCUUUCAACAGAAAGGAGGCUAAGGAUCAUGGUGAAGGUGGUAACAUUGUUGGUGCUAGUCUAGAGGAUAAGAGAAUCUUGAUCAUCGACGAUGUUAUGACAGCUGGUACUGCCAUUAAUGAAGCUUUUGAAAUCAUUGGUACUGCUGGUGGUCAAGUUGUUGGUACUAUCAUUGCUUUAGAUAGACAAGAAGUCGUUAAUUUGGAAGAUAAAGAUAAAUUGAGUGCUACAGCCACCGUUAGUAAGAAAUACAAUAUUCCAGUUCUGAAUAUUGUUUCUCUAUCUCAUGUCAUUAGUUAUCUAGAGAGUAGGAUGGGUGCUGAUGAAAAGAAUAAGAUUGAAGAAUAUUUAAGAGUCUAUGGUGCUUAA